UGGUGGAGACGUGUUUUGCUCUUUUGGCUUGCUCUAAGCAGGCCGGGCAUGAUGCUGGAAAAGAGAUCCAUUUUUUAUUUAUCAUAGCUACUAUGGAGGAAUGUCUAGACAUUUGAGCCCUCUCGACCUUUUGUGAUGGCUUGUGUUAAGUGUGUAUAACUUGGAACAUGUCUUAAACAAUCGGUUCACGAAUUAUGGAGUUCAGAAUCUGCCAAAGAGUCGGUGCAGUGACGAGUUCUGACAGACAAAGUCUUGUCUAUAGCCUUGAUGUCGAUCGAGCAUCACCGGGUUCAUCAUUGUACGAGAUGUAGCAACCCAGCUUUGAUUAAAGCUGCACACUCUAACAAGUUGUGAUUUACCAUGCCUAAGGAAGAGCAACGAUCUACGUCCAGGCUGGCGAUUCAUAUUGUCUUUAACCUUGCUCGGACGGGAGGGGACGGGAAGUGACGGGAAGUGACGGGAGCAGUUUCUGGGAAAGUGUUGGCCCUGUUAGGGACUAAGUCGUGCUUAGGGCUGCGCGAAGAAAUCGAGACAAGCGCUAAAACAAAAAAUAGAGACGAAUCUGUCUUCACUUGUGCCGGUCUGCCACAAUGUUUGGAGACAAAGAUCCAGACACGAUCGAAUGUUCUAAUGGAGAGAAGGACAGUUCUAGCAUUCGACCCUCUUCCUUCUUUCCUUCCUUCCUUCCUUCCUUCACUCUCCUCGCUCCAGACGUUUCUUCCCUCAGGUUUUCUUGAAGUCACGCUCAUGGCGCAAUUUCCGAACGAUCAACUAAGUUAUAGUGAACCAAGGAAUGGAGUGCGAAGAAGGAAAUCAGGCGUUGGUAAUUCGGGUCUGCCGUUACUGCAUGGUGUGGUCACGACGGUCCUGACCAGUGCCCACGGUCAUGGACUCAAGAGGAAAUUGACUGACUUUUGCAUUCUUUUGAUUGACUUUUUGGUACCAGCCCUCCGGGCCUUCCAUUUGCCCGUAGAUCGUGACCAGAAUUCCAUUCAGCCCGAAACUUUUGACAAAUUCAUCCACUCAUUCACAUCUCCAUGAAUCGAGGAGGGUCGUCAAACUCGCAAUGAUCGAUGGGGUUAGAAGGGACCCAAAUCCUUCUCCAUCCCGGUCUGCCUCGACCUAGCUCAGACAAGCCCCGCCGCUCGUCACUUCAGGCUCAUCUGAAGAUCAUGUUCAUGAUGGUGGCCAAUGAGGACCAAUAUCUGCAGUUGGAAAGAGAAGGCUCUAGAUCUUUGCUUCGAGCUCGAGCUACAGCUUCGGCCUCUGCUCCAGACCCUUCUCUGUCACAGAUUAUAUAUCAUAUUGUAUAUUUUACUAUAUCCCUUGUCGGGCAGAUGAGGACCGAGAUGCCACCAAUGGUCCAGCUCUCCGCCAAAGGUCUCGUUGCUUCACUCCCACGCGGGCUCUAAUUUACUCAGCAGGUGUUGCUGCAACUCGAUCCCAUGCUCGCCCACUGCCUAUGACCCAGUUAAACCAGUUCUGCACGGGUUCAGUAAAAAAUUGACAGCUGAUUUAAGAAUCAUCCAUUGCUACGCUUUUCAGUUGAAUUUACAGUAUUGAAUCCAGCAAUUAGCUGAUCAAGGUUAGAUGAACUCGGUAGCAUGCUUGCCUUCGUGCAUCUUGGAUAUGUACAUGCCCCUCACCCAUCAAUAACUUGGCCACCAUGGACCAUUUCUUCUUGCUCACUUCAGACGUGAACUGCUUUCUUUUAUCAGAGUGUAAGUUAGGAUGACUUUGAACCUCGUAAGACCACAGAGUCACACAUGCAGGACGCCAACCUGAUAGCGAGUCACAUCUAUUUGGCGUGGCUUGGCUUGGUUUCUCUUGGCUUCCGAGCAAAUUCCGGCUUCCUUCAAGUCGAUUAGUUGUUCGACUAGGACGAAUACAGUACCUCUUGGAUGCUUUUAUGACCAAUUGAGCGUAUUUUUGCACCUUCCAGCUGAACAUUCAGCUUUAAAUACUGUAAUUGGAUUUGAGUGCUCGAGGUUGUUUCAAGAACACGAAUGUUGCAUGACUCGAAAGUGAUUAACAGCGAGAUCAAUGUUGAGUUUCGGAAUGAGCGAAAAAAAUGAUGAAUUUGUCUCUGUACUUUCCUUUGCUUUCGGGUUGCUUAGUUUUGCUCGUUACGUGAAAUCCGAAUGUGAAUCUAAUUGACUUGGUUC